AUGUCUUUAUUUACAAACUUGAUCUUGACGUCUAUUACCACUACAUCCGAUCUCAAAUGUAUUGCAAAGGAUUUACGUACUGUGCAAGCCUUUCCAAUGUAUCCAGAUCCUCAAAACUUGGGCCAACCAUUCCAAAAUUAUCCAUUAACAGAAGCUGAAGCAAUUUCAAAUUUUGAAGAUGAACCCAAGAAGAUCUACUUUUUUGAAGAAUACAUUCCCGGAAAAUGGGAGACAUUUUUGGCUCCAGAAACUUUUAAGACUAACCUGAACGAUUACUCGCCGGCAAUCGAUCAUUCAAUGGAGGCCUUCCAGCAUUGGACAUACAACCACACACAUGGACAACUCACCUUUACAAACCUAAAGGGUGUUGUCCCACUUAUGAGCAAGCCCAAAAUAGUGGACUUGAACCCAGCGUAA